GGGUGGAGGCGUGUAUGUAUGUGUGUGUCGGUGGGGGUGGGAUUGUCUAACUCGUGGGGUUCUUGCAUCCCCCAUUUCCCCCUAGAAGCCGAAAGUCCGUCUCCUCUGGGAGCCUCGGGAGCCCGUCCUGUCGCGCUCCUCCCCAGGGCCUCUGACAGGGACCCCUAGCAACUUCCCUCCUAAUGUGGUCCCAGCAGGGUCCUUUGCUCUUCCCCAAAGCGAACGGAGUUCUGCCUCGGUCUUUCCCUCUCGGGGAAUUUGUAUUUAAUUUUUCAAGCUUUUCCUUCUUGAGACUUGAGUUCUGUAUUCAAGAUCUCGAUCAAGACAAUUGGAUAAUUAGCAAGAAAGCUCAAGAAUAAACUAGAGGGUCCAAACGCUGCGUUUCUGCCCUAGGCAAGGUUUCCCAUUCACCACUGAAAGCAAAAGAGCUUUGUUUUGAAGGCUGCUUUUUAAGAAAUAUGCAAGGGUCCGAUCUAUGUCCUGUCAUCAGCAUUUGACUCACUUCAUAAAUAUAAAUUUGAUGGGGUUGUAUACCUCGGCUUUGCGCUUCUUGUCCUCGCAAGGUCUUGGGGGCCAUAAACCACUCUGGAAUGUGUUUGAAAAAAUUAUAUCACAAAGUUGCUUGAUUGAAGGACGCAGCCGUGACAAGAAGAUGCCUGACCGUGACACCUAUAAUGGUAAUGGUAGCGAUGAGGCAAGUGCCAACGCUGACGACAUCUGCCGAGACUUCCUGCGUAAUGUCUGCAAGCGGGGCAAACGUUGCCGUUUCCGCCACCCUGACAUGAACGAGGUGACCAACCUGGGGGUCAGCAAGAACGAGUUCAUCUUCUGUCACGACUUUCAGAACAAGGAGUGCGUCCGUAUCAAUUGCCGCUUCAUCCACGGCACCAAAGAGGACGAAGACUGUUACAAAAAGACAGGGGAGCUUCCCCCGCGCCUCCGUCAGAAAGUGGCGGCCGGGCUUGGCCUGUCCCCGGCUGACCUCCCUAACAGCAAGGAAGAGGUUCCCAUCUGCCGAGAUUUUCUCAAGGGGGAUUGCCAGCGUGGGGCCAAGUGCAAAUUCCAGCAUCUGCAGCGGGAUUAUGAAUACGACGCCCGGGGCCUGGCUACCCGGGAACAGGGUAUCACCACCCCUGUGCGUCGCUAUGACCCCUAUGACCCAAUGUAUGACUCUGACCGAUGCUAUGACGACCACGACCCUGUGCUCAAAAGGAGGCGAGUGGAUGGGCUCCACUUUGAAACGUACGAGUAUAACUUCACUAGUCCGCGCACGGUGGAAUAUCGUCUCCUGGAAGAAGAAAACAUCAUGCUCCGCAAACGAGUAGAGGACCUCAAAAAGCAGGUCAACAACCUCCUGGCCACCAACGAAGUCCUCUUGGAACAGAACGCCCAAUUCCGCAACCAAGCCAAAGUGAUGACCCUCAGCUCCACGGCUACAGCCACCGAGCAGACUCUGGCUCCGACCGUGGGCACUGUGACCAACUAUAACCACAGCAUUGCCCAAACUCACACGACUCUGAGCAGCCAGGCCCUGCAGCCACGUCCCGUCUCCCAGCAGGAUUUGGUAGCCCCCGCUGGAGCGCAGGCAGCACCCCCAAGCAACGCAGCCCCUCCUAUGAACCCUGAAAUCACCCCGCUGUCAGCAGCUUUGGCUCAGACCAUUGCCCAGGGGAUGGCUCCCCCUGUAUCCAUGGCCCCCGUAGCUGUAUCGGUAGCGCCGGUGGCUGUGUCAAUGGCUCAGCCUCUCGGGGGCAUUACCAUGAGCCAUGCCACUACUCCCAUGGUGACCUACCCCAUAGCCUCCCAGAGUAUGAGAAUAACAGCCAUGCCUCACUAGCCCAUGUUCAGCGUUAAUGCUAUCAUUCAGUCUACGCCAUGCUGUUCCUAAGUCAAGGCUGGGCACAGAUCCUGUUGAAAGUCAAGGCAAAGAGAACGAUACAGAUCCCAGAGGUAGAUCUUGAAGCCUCUGGAGAGUUCAUGGGGAAGGACUAUAACCUGGGUUGCCAUUUUGUCUGAAGCAGGCGUAGUGGGCUGUCCUUUCACAGUGAAAACAGAGCCCAGGCGUAACAGAAAAGCAAGCGACAAAAGCAUUUGGAAAGUACAGAGGUCUCUGAAGCUUUUCCUCUGUAUCUUAUUUCUGUUUUGCUGUUUGUCUGUUCUCCUUGUAAGUCCUCCAAUUAUGCUUUUGAGUAUAAGAACUAAGCAAAUUUUUCAGCCUGUGGCUUACAGAAUCUCUUGUGCGGCUGAGCAGAGGGAGAAUAACAGUUCCUUCCCUGGUACAGUACUUGUUCAAGGAGUGGGGGACAAUUUUCCUUAGCUUGGUCUGACGAAAAGGCAGAGGCUUCAUAAAAUAGCAGCUCAGCAGACUGAGCCAGCCUGAAUUGUUGCACUCUUUUUCUUGGUGUAGAAAGGCAAGGAUCCGGGCACCUGGAUAACUAAUUUAAAUUGUAUUGGUUUCAUAGACAAUGAGUUGGAAAGAGUUGCAGCAAACAGAACGUCCCUUCCUUUGGGGUAGAUUAGCUCUUAGUUCUGGAAAGAACAGGCUCAAAGCACGUACACAGCACUGACAGCUUGAUAGUUUGUGCAGUGUAGGCAGUUGCCGUGUGUGUGCAUACGUGUCUGAAUCCACACACCUCGUGGAUACACCACACUCACCUCGAUGGCAUCUCUUUACAAGAACGUUGAGGCAUUCUUGUUGUUUGAAUGUUUCAAAGAGUCCAGGGUUUAGCGACAGGAUCUCUUGCCGCUGAACAGCUGAAUUUCUGGUUGAAACAGACAGGGGUAAUAGGCCAUCUUGCAAACUCAGAGGAGCUCACCUCCUUUCUUCCACUUGCCUCUUUUCUUUCUGGCUGUAUUUUGUGUCUAAAUUCCUCACAUCCAAGGACUUUGUGGUAGAACCCUACCCUGCUGUAUGUUACUUCACUUUUUGUUUUGUUUUUAAAGGCGCCACUUUUUAAAUAUAAAUAUAUAUAGAGAACUUCAUCUCCUCCUUGAGCCUGAAGUAACCGCUUGUAUUAAAUCUCAUUGAAGGGAAUGAGAAAAAUGUUUGAUGACCCAGCUGUUUUUAACAGUUAACAGUGUAAAUGUUUUCAGCUAUUAAAACAAAUGUACAGUCCUCA